UGCACAUACAAUAAAACCUUCAAACUCUAAAGAGAAAAUGUAAAUGCUACCAUGAACUUUGGUGUGUACAUAUCUGUUUGACUCUUGUUUGCUUUUUAGGCAAACGCUUCACUUUUGACAGGCACAACCCGCAGCUACUCCUCCUCCUCUUCCUCGAUAAACUCUAGCUUUGGAUAUGUGUAGAGAGCUGCGUACAGCCGCACCCCAAAAUGGCGCUGGCUUCCGCCUUCCACCCUCCUGCCGGUGAGUGCUCUCUGUGAUGAACAGCUCCAUAUUUGGCUUGGCAUCAUGACAUGGCUUGCUCAGGCAAAGGUGCACCAAUUCGAUAGCCUCACGUGGCAUUAGCAGGUUGGUGAAGCAGGACCUAUAUAAGGUUGGGACAGAGCUCCUCCAGGGGAGAGAAGACACUUGUUAACGGCCUGAGUCAACAGCUUGAACAAGAGCUCGGUGUUGCGGUUUCCUUGCUGGUUGAGGAAGCAGAGACAGAUACACACCUAAAAGUCCAACCCUAGGUCACCUGGUAACUAAACAUAUACCUGUUUGAAAAACUGCCUAUGUAUCAGCUGCUCCGCCACUGUUUGCCUGCAAGAACCCCAGUUGUGUAUCUCUACAGAAGUCCAUGUAGACCUUUUCCUACUGCCCAGAUGUUUAAGAAAGAACAAGUGCUGUGCAGUUUUAGGUACCAGGACCAGAUGUAACCGAAGCUCCCAGUUCAUGAGAAGAGAGGCGUUUCCCACGGUCCUGGCACCUCAGUAGAGGUGAAGAUCUGAAGAUCGAGGAUCAUGCCAUCAGCAUUUAAAGAGGUAGUCAAGAGUGCCAUCAAAGAGCUGGACUCAACAGGAGACCUCAUCCCAGUGGACAGCCUUCGGAACUCCACCAGCUUCAGACCCUACAGCCUCCUGAGCAGGAAACUCUCACGCUCAUGGUUCUGGAAAUCCCGAUAUAAGUGUGUCAACCUGUCAAUCAAAGACAUCCUGGAACCUGGUGCUCCAGAACCAGAACCCGAAUGCUGCGGCCGCUUCCAAAUCUCUGAUGCCGCCGCCGGGAACGUGCAGGGUCGCAUGGCGCUGGAAAGCAUGGACCAGUGGAAGAUUGCUGGCGCGGCUGCCAUAUCUGGCAGUCACAGUGCAUCCAUGAACGUGUGUAUACUGCGUGUGACUCAGAACACCUGGGUGGUCAUGCAUCAAGAGAGGCACCUGCAGCAGCCUGAACAUAAAAUCCUGCAACAGCUUCGGAGUCGGGGAGUAGAUGUGUUCGUGGUGACGGAGGUGCUGCAGACAGAGGAAGAGAUGCAGGUCACCCUGACCCAUGCCCGGGAGGGCUCAGGCCAGUUUGCACUGCCUGGAGUCACAUGCUUGCAGGGUGAAGGCAAGGGCCACCUAAGCCGGAAGAAGAUGGUGACCAUUCCUGCAGGGAGCAUCCUUGCAUUCCGGGUGGCCCAGCUGCUCAUUGACCCUACGUGGGAUAUCCUUCUCUUUCCUGACGAUGAGAAGAGGACCUUUGAGCUCCCCUCAUCAAGUAAGGCCCCUCUGGUCCCACAUAUCUGUUUCCUAUGGGGUGUUCCAUACUCAGGGCAUGAGGUGGUCAGCCUCCAGUGCAGGUGA